AUGGGAACUAACCCAAUGGAGAUUCCAAAUAACAAUUGCUCCCAAAUGAAUGUUCUAUUGUGGAACUGUAGAGGUGCUCUUAAUUCGGAUUUUAAGAGGAGAGUUUUUGAAAUGGCUGUUAACCACUUUCCAUCCAUCAUGAUCAUUACUGAGACCAGGGUUGGAGGUGAUAGGGCUGCUAGAAUCUGUGAGGAUCUCCCUUUUGAUGGUUUCUUUGUAAUGAAGACCAUUGGAUAUGCAGGAGGAUUAUGGUUGUUGUGGAAAAAAGAGGAAGUGGAUGUCUUUGUGCUGUCCUUAACCGAACAGGAGAUUCAUGCCACUGUUAAGGUAUGUGAUUCUGACCUUACUUGGCUUAUUUCUCCUAUUUAUGCUAGUCCUAGAAUAGCUGAAAGGAAAAUUCUAUGGGAAAAUUUAACCCAAGUUACUCAAUUGCACAAUAUGCCCUGGUUGUUACUGGGGGAUUUUAAUGAAGUUCUUAGCAGUGAAGAUAAAUUCGGUGGUAGGAGUAUAAAUCUUAAUAGAGCUUUAGAUUUUAAAGAGUGUCUCGAUACUUGCAGCCUCUUGGAUUUAGGAUUUUCAGGACCUAAAUUUACAUGGUCCAAUCUCAGACAGGUUUCAGACUUAAUCCUGGAACGUAUUGAUAGAUGUUAUGCUAAUCCGUCUUGGAGACUCCUUUACCCUGAGGCCUCUGUUACUCAUCUCCCCAGGGUUUUCUCGGAUCAUUGCCCCGUUCUUUUAGAGCUCUCCAAGCCCCCUCCUGCCUCCAUUAACAGACAUUUUCGCUUUCAAACUAUGUGGCUGCAUCACCCUGACUUUCAUGAUGUAGUUAGAGGUGCCUGGGAACAGGAAUCAAUUCUUCCUUCUGCUAUUAAGUUAUUCACAAAUAGGGUCACCAAUUGGAAUAAAACAGUGUUUGGUAACUUGUUUGCUAGGAAGAGGAGGCUACUUGUCAGGAUCAAUGGAACCCAAAAAGCACUUUCAAAUGGGCCAAACCAAUUCCUAGUACAAUUAGAACAAGAUCUGAUUAAGGAAUAUGCUGACAUAAGGCUUCAAGAGGAGGAAUACUAG